GGCAUACAUUUGUUCUCUCUAAUUCACAGACUUGGUUAUAUGUUUCAAUUUACACUGUUUCUCCAAUCUACAAUGAAGAGACAAGGCAACUCUUUAGAGCUAUAUCCCCAACUCUAACUUCAAGGCUCCACAGCAAGCAGAAAUCUGGAUGAAAAGCAAUCAUACCACUAAGACAAGUGAAUUCUCGAGCGCGGCGCUACAAUUGAUGAUGGAGUUCCCGUCCCUCUCCUUCCCAAUUCUUUUCACAUUCCUGCUCUUUCUAUUCAUGGUAUUCAAAAUAGUAUCUAAAACCAAGACCAGUUCAACUCCAAAACUGCCUCCUGGGCCAUGGAAGCUACCUAUAAUAGGAAACAUUCACCAAUUUGUUGGAUCUCUACCCCAUCGCUGCCUAAGAGAUUUGGCCAUGAAACAUGGACCUCUGAUGUACCUGCGACUUGGACAAGUUUCUAUUGCUGUCAUUUCUUCGGUAGAGAUUGCGAAAGAGGUGAUGAAAACACAUGACACUGUCUUUGCUAGCAGGCCUUUUAUUCUUGCUGUAAAUAUCUUAUCUGAGAAAGGCAUUGCCUUUCAACCUUAUGGGGAUUUUUGGAGACAAAUUCGGAAAAUUUGCAUACUGGAGCUUUUAAGUGCCAAACGUGUCCAAUCAUUCCGACCCAUCAGGGAAGAAGAGACAUCAAAUUUCAUCAAAUCAAUUUCGAUGCAUUCAGGAUCUCUGAUGAAUCUUAGUGAAAAGCUUUCCUCGUUGACAUGCGGCAUCAUUGCAAAGGCGGCCAUUGGUUCGACAGUCCAUGGGCAAGAAGAAUUUAUAGCACUUAUCAAGGAAACCAUAGAGAAAACAGGAGGUUUCCAUGUUGCUGAUCUCUUUCCUUCAGUUAAAAUGCUUGCUUGGAUAACUGGGCUGAAGCCUAGACUCGAAAAGAUGCAUCAAAAACUUGACAGGGUGUUGACCAACAUCAUCGAUGAACAUAAAGCUAGGAAGGUGUCAACACAGACCGGUGACGGUGAAGCUAAUCGUGAAGACCUGGUAGAUGUUCUUCUAAGACUUCAGAAAGAGGGUAAUCUUGAGAUCCCUUUAAGUAUGACAGACAUCAAGUGUACUAUCAUGGACAUGUUCAUUGCCGGGAUUGACACAUCAUCUACAACUUUAGUAUGGACAAUGUCAGAAUUGUUGAAAAACCCAAGAGUUAUGAAAAAAGCACAAGCUGAGGUUAGACAGCUUUUAUGUAAAAAAGGAAAUAUUAUUAAUCAAGAAGACAUCCAUGAAUUGAGUUACUUAAAGUUAGUUAUCAAAGAAACUUUGAGAGUACACCCUCCUGUCCCUUUAUUAGUUCCAAGAGAGAGCAGAGAGAGAUGUGAAAUCGAUGGAUAUGAGAUACCUGCGAAAACUCAAGUACUGGUUAAUGUAUGGGCAAUUAGUAUUGAUCCUGAAAAUUGGAGUGAUCCAGAGAGCUUUGUUCCUGAGAGGUUCAUUGACAGUUCAAUUGACUACAAGGGGACUCAUUUUCAAUAUCUACCAUUUGGUGCUGGAAGGAGAAUGUGUCCUGGCAUAUCCUUCGGGAUUGCUAAUGUUGAGCUUGCGCUUGCAAAUUUAUUGUAUCACUUUGACUGGAAACUUCCCGAGGGACAGAAGCUAGAAGAUCUUGACAUGGAUGAGGUUUUUGGUGCAACGGUUAACAGAAAAAGAGAUUUGUGUGUGAUUCCUAUUGCUUAUCAUCCUUGAGCUGGUGAAUAAGAUAUUAAGACAAGAAGGCAGAAAGCAUUGGAUGGAAUUUUCAGUUUCAGUGUGAGCCUGGAAUGUUAAUUAGUUUAUCUAUUAUUAAGAAUGUAAUCGUAUGUUAUAGCAUUGGAUGGAAUUUUCAGUUUCAGUGUGA